AAAUAGGGUGUGCCCAUGAGUGUGCCCCUUUACAUUAGGUGUCGCUAUCAGAGUGCAACUUUACAUCAUGUAUUCCCAUCAGAUCAGGUGUGCCCAUCAGAGUGCUCCUUUACAUCAGGUAUCCUUCAUAGUGCCACCUUACAUCAGGUAUUCCCGUCAGAUACCCCUUUCCAUCAUAUUUACCCAUCAUAGUGCCUUUUUACAUCAUAUUCCUCAUCAGAGUGCCCCUUUCCUUCACAAGUGCAAAUCAGACUGCCCCUUUCCAUCACAUGUGCCCAUCAGAGUGCUCCUUUCCACAGUAUGUGCCCAUUUGUGCCCCUUUCCACAGUAUGUGCCCAUCAGAGUGCCCCCUAACAUA